AUCGAGCAGUACAGUCUGAGUCUGACAUUUGGUUCGGUGCACUUGUUAUAUUAAUUUCUGCAUUUUAUUUUAUCAUUCUGCACGAGCCAAUGUUGUGAAAUGGCAACCCUUAUGAAAAGCCGACCACAAGUACCGCUUUCGACAGCGGUAAUCGGUCCUCAAAGCUGGCGGGACGCUUCUCUGAAGACCAUCAAAGUAUCACAGGAAGUGGUGAGAAAGAGCGACAAGGGCUGCGAUCUUGGUCGUACAUUGGACCCACUACCAUCUCUCAGAGACAAUUGUGCACAACAGAGUAACGAAGUCGUCCACUGCUAUGUCAGAGAAGCCAGAGCGGUUGUUGUUAAACUGCGGGAAAGUUUGGUUGAAACUAAUGAAGAAAUUAAGCUAUUAAUACGAAAGAAAGAAUCCCUCGAAAAAGCAUUGGAACACAAACGCAAAGACAUCGCACUUAACAAGUUGUCAAUGGAAGUACGUCUCACUCGGCCAUCAAGAGAAAAGGAUCAAGAUGGUGCUGAUAGUUUAUUGGACCUGGAACGCAAGCAGUUAUUACAGUUAAAACGAAUGUUAGAAGCCCAACUGAGAGCUGUUCAGAAACAGUUGCAGGUUUUGGAUGAAGCACGCAAACGACUAGGAUCUGUUAUACAAGAGCGUUCUCGUGUACUUGACCUUCUGUGUCAUGCAGCCUCAUCAGUAACCAAUGGCAGAAACUCACGUAACAUGCACCAUGCUAUUAAACCUACAUUUGGAUCCAAUGGACUUGGCUAUUCAAGACAGGUUCAUUUCAAUAUGCGAAACGACGGUCGUAGAAGUAGCACUCCACUGCCAGAGGAUGCUAUGGAAUAUGAACCAACAAGAUCGUAUACACCAACUUUAGAUCCACUUGGCCCGUACACGCCAGAGUCGGCUGCUGCUAUUGCUCAAGCACAUGACGCACGGAAUAAGUCAUCUACGCUGAGGAGGGACGUGGAAGACGCAAUAGCAAGAACAGAGCAGCUACAGAGAUCUGCACACAAAUCUGUCAAUGAUGGCUUGACACAGAAACUAGCAGAGACAAUAGCACUUAAGCAACAUCUCCAAGUGCAGUCUGGGGAAAACCGUGCUGCUGUUCACCGUGCCCAGCGUUGGUUUGACGCCACAGAGAAAGCUAAAGGCUACACACUAGGACCUGAGUCUCAUGCUGACUUGACAACAAGGGAACGACUGGAUCGACCUGCAGUGCGCGUAUUUCAGCGUCAUCCUGGUACUAACUUGCCUGAGCCACAAGAUAUUAUUCGGGGUGCAGCUGGUCUGGACGCAUCAUUAUUGGCAACUAGUCGUAACAUUGGGAUGUUACAUCUAGCUAGAAUGAGACUGGAUGAUGAUAAGAGAGAUAAACAUGGAGCAGCAUCAGUGGAUGCUGCCAUCAUCAGACUACGUCGCCGCCGUGCCAACCAUCGCUGGCUGAUGGGUAGUGCUUAAAACAGUUUUCUUUUUACACUCAGCUGUGAGAAUUUAUCUAAAUCGUGUGUCAUGCAUGUACUUUGAGUGACCCACCAGAGUGUUACUUCCAGAAAAUAUUUGGAAUAUUCAAUAAAAUCACUUAAAUCUAUGCAAA